AUGCGAAUACAAUAUCUUAUAGCGACUCUAAUUCUCCUCAGCUGCUCGUGUAGAAAGCGAAUAGUUGAUGGAAAAGCAAUAGCCAACGUAGUUCAACCAACACCGUCUCAAACUGGACCAGCAAUUAAAAAAACCGAACCUGAACAAUCUGUCAAACAACCAGUUGUCAAAAAAGCGGAAGCCACUACUGAUAAAGAUGCACCGAAAGAAGUGCCAUUAGGAGAAUCAGCACUUCAAACCAUGCAAGCUGAACAUGUGAAACCACUCCCUCAACAACCUUCCCCUUCAAUCGAAGACAAAUCGCCUCAACAACAAGCCCAAUCAGUUAAAAAACCCGGCGCAGACUCGGGAGAGAAAAAUCCACCGACCACGGAACCAACAUCCGCUUCACACGGAGGCAAAUCAUCAGAGAAUAAAGCCAAAGCAUCUGCUGAGAACAACGGACAACAAGUAGAAACCAAAUCAGCCGAACACGGAGCGAAACCAGCAGAGAACAAAGCUCAAUCAUCCGGUGAGAAGCAUCAAGGAUCCGUAGAAGCCAAAUCAGCUGAACAUGGAGGAAAAUCAGCAGAGACCAAAGGCCAGUCAUCCGGUGAGAAGCAUCAAGCAUCCGCAGAAGGAAAAUCAGCUGAACAUGGAGGCAAAUCAGCAGAGAACAAAGGCCAAUCAUCCGGUGAGAAGCAUCAAGGAUCCCUAGAAGCCAAAUCAGCUGAACACGGAGGAAAAUCAGCAGAGACCAAAGGCCAAUCAUUCGGUGAGAAGCAUCAAGGAUCUGCAGAAGGCAAAUCAGCUGAACAUGGAGGCAAAUCAGCAGAAGGGAAGUCCGCUGAACAUGGAGGAAAAUCAGCAGAGAAUAAAGGCCAAUCAUCCGGUGAGAAGCAUCAAGGAUCUGCAGAAGGCAAAUCAGCUGAACAUGGAGGAAAAUCAGCAGAGAAUAAAGGCCAAUCAUCCGGUGAGAAGCAUCAAGGGUCCGUAGAAGCCAAAUCAGCUGAACAUGGUGGAAAAUCCGCAGAGAACAAAGGCCAAUCAUACGGUGAGAAGCAUCAAGGAUCCGCAGAAGGCAAAUCAGCUGAACAUAGAGGCAAAUCAGCAGAAGGCAAAUCAGCUGAACAUGGAGGACAAUCAGCAGAAGGGAAAUCAGCCGAACACGGAGGAAAAUCAGCAGAGAACAAAGCUCAAUCAUCCGGUGAGAAGCAUCAAGGAUCUGUAGAAGGCAAAUCAGCUGAACAUGGAGGAAAAUCCGCAGAGAAUAAAGGCCAACCAUCCGAAGCCAAAUCAGCUGAACAUGGUGGAAAAUCCGCAGAGAACAAAGGCCAAUCAUACGGUGAGAAGCAUCAAGGAUCUGCAGAAGGCAAAUCAGCUGAACAUGGAGGCAAAGCAGCAGAAGGGAAAUCAGCUGAACACGGAGGAAAAUCAGCAGAAGGGAAAUCAGCCGAACACGGAGGAAAAUCAGCAGAGAACAAAGCUCAAUCAUCCGGUGAGAAGCAUCAAGGAUCUGUUGAAGGCAAAUCAGCUGAACAUGGAGGAAAAUCAGCAGAGAACAAAGGCCAACCAUCCGGUGAGAAGCAUCAAGGAUCUGCAGAAGGCAAAUCAGCUGAACAUGGUGGAAAAUCGGCAGAGAACAAAGGCCAAUCAUCCGGUGAGAAGCAUCAAGGAUCUGUAGAAGGCAAAUCAGCUGAACAUGGAGGAAAAUCAGCAGAGAACAAAGGCCAACCAUCCGGUGAGAAGCAUCAAGGAUCUGCAGAAGGGAAAUCAGCUGAACAUGGAGGAAAAUCAGCAGAGAAUAAAGACCAAUCAUCCGGUGAGAAGCAUCAAGGGUCCGUAGAAGCCAAAUCAGCUGAACAUGGUGGAAAAUCCGCAGAGAACAAAGGCCAAUCAUCCGGUGAGAAGCAUCAAGGAUCUGCAGAAGGCAAAUCAGCUGAACAUGGAGGCAAAGCAGCAGAAGGGAAAUCAGCUGAACACGGAGGAAAAUCAGCAGAAGGGAAAUCAGCUGAACACGGAGGAAAAUCAGCAGAGAACAAAGCUCAAUCAUCCGGUGAGAAGCAUCAAGGAUCUGUAGAAGGCAAACCAGCUGAACAUGGAGGAAAAUCAGCAGAGAACAAAGGCCAGUCAUCCGGUGAGAAGCAUCAAGCAUCCGCAGAAGGCAAAUCAGCUGAACAUGGAGGCAAAUCAGCAGAAGGGAAAUCCGCUGAACAUGGAGGAAAAUCAGCAGAGAAUAAAGGCCAAUCAUCCGGUGAGAAGCAUCAAGGAUCCGUAGAAGCCAAAUCUGCUGAACAUGGUGGAAAAUCCGCAGAGAACAAAGGCCAAUCAUACGGUGAGAAGCAUCAAGGAUCUGCAGAAGGCAAAUCAGCUGAGCAUGGAGGAAAAUCCGCAGAAGACAAAUCAGCUGAGCAUGGAGGAAAAUCCGCAGAGAAGAAAGGCCAGUCAUCCGGUGAGAAGCAUCAAGGAUCCGCAGAAAGCAAAUCAGGUGAACAUGGAGGAAAAUCAGCAGAGAACAAAGCUCAAUCAUCCGGUGAGAAGCAUCAAGGAUCUGUAGAAGGCAAAUCAGCUGAACAUGGAGGAAAAUCAGCAGAGAACAAAGGCCAACCAUCCGGUGAGAAGCAUCAAGGAUCUGCAGGAGGCAAAUCAGCAGAAGGGAAAUCCGCUGAACAUGGAGGAAAAUCAGCAGAGAAUAAAGGCCAAUCAUCCGGUGAGAAGCAUCAAGGAUCCGUAGAAGCUAAAUCAGCUGAACAUGGUGGAAAAUCCGCAGAGAACAAAGGCCAAUCAUCCGGUGAGAAGCAUCAAGGAUCCGCAGAAGGCAAAUCAGGUGAACAUGGAGGAAAAUCAGCAGAGAACAAAGGCCAAUCAUCCGGUGAGAAGCAUCACGGAUCCGUAGAAGCCAAAUCAGCUGAACAUGGAGGCAAAUCAGCAGAGAACAAAGGCCAACCAUCCGGUGAGAAGCAUCAAGGAUCUGCAGAAGACAAAUCAGCUGAACAUGGAGGCAAAUCAGGAGAAGGGAAAUCCGCUGAACAUGGAGGAAAAUCAGCAGAGAAUAAAGGCCAAUCAUCCGGUGAGAAGCAUGAAGGAUCCGUAGAAGCCAAAUCAGCUGAACAUGGUGGAAAAUCCGCAGAGAACAAAGGCCAAUCAUACGGUGAGAAGCAUCAAGGAUCUGCAGAAGGCAAAUCAGCUGAGCAUGGAGGAAAAUCCGCAGAAGGCAAAUCAGCUGAGCAUGGAGGAAAAUCCGCAGAAGGCAAAUCAGCUGAGCAUGGAGGAAAAUCCGCAGAAGGCAAAUCAGCGGAGCAUGGAGGAAAAUCCGGAGAAGGCAAAUCAGCUGAGCAUGGCGGAAAAUCCGCAGAGAACAAAGGCCUGUCAUCUGGUGAGAAGCAUCAAGAAUCGGCAGAAGGCAAAUCAGCUGAACAUGGAGGAAAGUCAGCAGAGAGAACUAGCAAACAUGGCGAUGAAAAGCCUCCAGCAUCAGCAGACGCCAAAUCCGCUGAGCAUGGCCGCGAAUCGAAUGAGAAGAAAGCCAAAGGAUCUGGAGAGACACCUCAAGGAUCAGCAGAAUCCAAAUCAGGUGAACACGGAGGCAAAU